AUGGUUGGAGUCCGCGGGAAGUAUAAGGGGUGUGAGACGUGUAGGGCUCGGAGAGUCAAGUGCGACAACGAACGCCCAUUCUGCCGAAAAUGCAUCGACAGCGGCCGCGAGUGCGCUGGGUACGAGCGGGAAAUGGUCUUCAUCACCGCAACCAUAGACGACGCCGGCCGCUGCUCGUCUCAUCCGCCGCGCCAGGUGCAGUCGUCCUCGAGGAGGAGCGGAGGGGGACAUCAUGCUGAAGAUACCCCGCCGCGCUUGACACCGACAGAGCCUCUGACGCCAGCCUGGGACGAUUUGGUGUUGUUGUCCGACAACGAUGUCGUGUAUGCGGUGCAGAUCGCGGCUUUGCACACCAGGCUGCAGAGCGUCGCGAGGACGCCCGAGGGGCAGGGCCAGGUCAAGUUUCGGGUGGCCUUGCCAGAUUACUCGCCGGUCGACGUCGAAACCUGGGACAGCGGCAGCAACAUGGACUUGGCGGCGCAUACCAUGGUCAGCCUUCUGCCCACGGGCAGCGAUAACGGUGCCCCCGAGGGAAUCUGCGCCUUUCUGUUCGAGCAAAACACAUCGUCUCUGGUGAUGAACGGUAUCACCCCUUGGGGCGUUCCCCAGGAGCACCUGGACGUUGUCAAGAAACUGGGCCCUGCCCAUUUCCGCCAGUUUCCCACUCACCACUUCUUCGUCAGAGUGUAUAGGAGCAGCGCUAUCACCCUCGCUCUUCUGCAUAGAAAGGCAACGUUCCUGUCAUCCAUCGAAUGGUGCACUGUCCCGUGGGAGCUGCAUCCCAAGACUCCCCUGGACAGGCUUUUCGACAUCAUCGCCAUCUUGCCGGGCAUCUUGGCUCGAGCCGACCGAACGACACCAUUUACCGCAACGCUGCAGCGACGGUUGAAGGCCCAAGAGCUGUUGGAGGGCUGCUUGCAGCUGGAAAGGAGGCUCGAGGAGUGGGAGUUCUUUGCCCGGGCCCCCACGGCCGAACACCCGUACGCAUACUGGAUAGAAGACCCAGACGAUCCAGACGCGCAACAGAUCCCAUUUUCCGAUAGCGUUGCCUUCAGGGACGGGAUUUCUUCGGUGACGUUCUUGUACCACUGGAUGGCGUUGCUGCUCCUUCAUCGAUGCAUCGAAACCCUGCACCACACCAUCUUCCAGCCCGUGAUUGAGGACUUCCCCCACAUGUACCCCGACCUGCCGCCGAAUUUGCAGAUCAACUUGGCCAGGUACCAGCAACGGCGGGACUUUGCCUCGAGAAUAUGCCGGGCGCUGGACUUUGCGCUGUCGACGAGCGUUCAGCCCGACCUGCUGGCGGCGCCUCUCGCCGUGGCCUUGGAGUAUUACCGGGAAAUCAACGCGUCUUCGAGGGAUGGCGAGCUGGAGAUCAUGUGGUGCGAGAAUUUCAAGCUUCGGUUGAGGUCGAAGGGACAAGACAUCGCCAAUGUCAUCCAGAGUCGAUCGUGGGCCGAUAUUGGAAGGGGUUGA